AAAGAGCAACAAAAAUCGAAAAGCCGUUCUUCUUUCCUUUUCUGUCUCUGGUAAAGCGGGGAAGAAGAAGGAUGAUUUGCGUCUUCAUCUGAGCCUCUCAAAACUUCUUCGAUGAUGAUUGCGUCCAUCUUCGCCGCUUGAGCGAUGACAUCAUCGAUGCGAAGUCGGUGCAAUCCCCUCCCGUGAAGUUAGUCCUCCCUUAUCUCCGGAGCGACACGGUUCCCGCACUUCCUUUUGAUUCGUGCGAAGAUCGGGGCUGAAAUCGGAUCAGAUCCACAAAGCGGAGCAAGAGAUAUCCAUAAAACAUAAAAUGUCAUUGAUCAAGCGCAUAGCUCCAUUUUUUGCUGCUCGGAUUCGAGAGAACCAUAGGCUUUUGAGCUCUUCUGCUUCAGCACUUCGUGAAGCUUCUUCCUCUCCAUUGACAUCUCCUGAUGACAUACACCCGACUGACAGUUGCAUUCAGAGAAUGAAAGAACUGUGGGAGAGUGAAGGAUCCUGUAGCGAGAAACUGCUCCGCUUGAGUGUAGAAACUGGUGGUUGUUCGGGUUUCCAGUACGUUUUCGAUUUGGAUGACAAAGCCAAUUCAGAUGAUAGGAUUUUUCAGAGAGAUGGAGUUAAACUUGUCGUAGACAAUAUUUCAUAUGAUUUUGUGAAAGGGGCAACUGUUGACUAUGUCGAAGAGCUUAUCCGCUCGGCUUUCCAGGUAACUACAAACCCUAGUGCUGUGGGAGGGUGUAGCUGCAAGAGUUCUUUCAUGGUAAAACAGUAAUCCCCACAUUUGCUGGAUGGAUCAUUACCUCGCUCUCCACUGACAUAUAGUUAGUUCUCCAGAAACUUUAGCGUUCCUUGAUUACUAUGCUUUGGAAUGUAAUCAUGUGCCAUUGAGUUAUUCAUUGUAAAGUUGGACACACCAGUCAUAGACUAAUAACACUUCCGGAGUCAUGUUACUCGUUUGUAAGUUCUACACCUGAGCCUGCUUUUUGGACUUUCGACGAGUAUUUUUUAUGAUGCUUCCAUCCAUUUCUUGUUGAUC